AUGGCGUCGUACGCGUGCGUCAGUUUGCCCCCACAGUUCAUCACUCCGCCACCGUCCACUUCCAAUAGCGCUCAACACAAUAACGACAGUGAUUGUGGAAGCAGGUCAGUUAUCUGUUUGGUGCGUCCGUCUAUCCGCCCCCGGCUUUUGCUUUUCCCCUCAAGAGACGCGAAAUGAAAAAGUAUGAAAAGUUUCCUGAACGAGCCUUGAAACAUGCCCUUUUUUAUUGUCCCGGGGGGUUUGAAAAAGGACGGGGUGAAAAAGACCUACUGGGAAGAAUGGAAAGCGCUUUCGGUCAAGAAUGCAAUCAAUAACAGUGAUACAUGCGCAUGCAACGCUGGAGUUCUACAUACAUGACUUCUGGGAACUUUAACUUCUUUUCUUCUUUGUCUUUACUCUUCUCUUCUGCUCUGGCUACUUCUUUUGGGGAAUGUCAGGCGCUCGACGCGGCCCAAAUGUGUGUUCUCUUCCAGUGUCUUCGAACCAUUCCUGCGCCUAUCAAAAUCAUAAAAUCAAGUGAUAAAAGUGGAAAUCAACGAAAAAAUUUCCGUUGUGAAUAAUGUGAAUGGCCAUAAAAAGCGUCAUCCUCACUUCUCCCGAACACACCGGCCGAUCACUUCCGUCCGUCCGUCCGUCUCCGCCGCCGCCGCCGCUCCACUCGUCUCAAUUUGUGUGGCUUUUCAGCGAAAAUCGUUUCAGCCUGCACGAGGCUGAAUCUCCCUCCCUCGCAUAUAUUUCCCCAUCCCUUGUUCUCCCGCCCUCCUCGCCGUCCGCUCCGUUCUUUUUCAUUUUGCGAAAGACAGUGUGCUUGUGCAAGCGCCCUCUUAGCCACGUCAGCCCCGUCGCCCGGUGCGUUGCAUCUGUCCCGUUUUUUUGUAGAAAAAAAACGGCAGAUGUCCUGCACGUGCUCGGCACCAGUGCCCUGCACUUGUUGGGCAUUUUUUUUCUAUCAUUGACAACGACCAAAAAAGCAGAAAACUCAUUGACCCGUCCGUUUCGUAAGAGCGGUCCCUUUGCGCGCAUAGACUCGAACGCACACGUCAUUCUUUCUGUUCUGUCUCGGUCUCGUAGGCGUCCUGAUCUCGAUCAACAAAAACGCAAUCUCAGGGGCUAGCACCUGGGACAGCUGAAAUAUGAAGAAAUGAUAUAGGGAAAAAUAUUGCUGCCGUCUGAAUCUGUCGGAAUUAUCGGUGCAGGUGAAAAUGGGAUCGACUACUGCUCCAAAAAACCAGGCUGUCCCCAUAUUCGGCUAGAACGCACUAAUUUUUUUCUGAAAAACAAACUUUGUGAUCAACUCGAGUCAGCCUAUACUUCGGAGGGUAAAAUUGAAGAUACUAGGAAUUCUAAUUCCAAGUGGCAUUUUUUCUUUAGAAUCACAUCUUCUCUCUUUUUUAUUGCACGGGUUAGGUUCCUUUUUCGGCGCCCCUCGGUCAGUAGUCGUCUAGGCGCACAAGAGUGCUUUCCCUCCUCUCCGCGUUCGGUUACAUCUUGGCUCAUCAACUCAAUGUCACUGCCGCGCUGCUCCUAGAAAGCCUUUGAAAAAAUGAGCUCAUCUGUCUUGACUGUGCAAUGACGGCCGCCAGAUUUUAUGCAAAUCCGUUGCUUCUUCGUUUGUCGACGACGAAAAGAUGGAACAUUUCCACAAAAAAGACGCGAUUCGUUCGCUCUCUCUCUCUCUCGCUUCUCUGUUUACUCUUCUGGACUUUUGCAAUGAUCAAACAGUUUGAUCGACCAAAAUUAUAGAAACACUAGGGGGCCACACAAUAUCGGCUGACGUGUCUCUGUGAGAUAUUCAACCCCUGCUAGUUGCCUCAAUCAUUCUCUCCCCCUUUCCUCUUAGUCAAUGUGUGUGGGCGAGCCAAAACUCGGUUUUGCAGAUGGAUGCACUCACCGAGAUUUCUUGUGUCAGGCUCUCAGCAAUAUGCACAUUUUUUGAUCCGCCCGUCUCAUUUAUUCUCUUUUUUGAGGACCUGCGGACCACACUACCGCCUUUCCUUCUUCAUUUCAAAGGGGAGAGGACGCAAUGCGUGACGUGGCUGUUUGGGAAGAGAAAGAUUGAUGUAUAAUCCAUAAAAGAAAACCAAUUGCUUCGUUUUUGUGAUGUGCAACGUCACAGUUGUUUAUCUCUCUCUCUCUCUCUCUCUCUCUCUUUCCCUCUCUCUCUUUCCCUCUUUUCGUUUCCACUUCCGACUACUGUGUUAGUGCAACCGAACAAUCAGACAACCUGCAUACAUCAUCCCAUUUCCUUGACGGAGCCAUUUUCUCAGUGCUCACGGCAAUUUUUGCGCGUAUAACGACGUUAUGAACAACCUUAAUCAUAGGUUCUGGACGAGAUUCGGUGUGGUUCGAAACCGCGUCGUUUCCGACUCCUACCGUAUGACGCUUUUUUUCCGGAAAGCGGGGGCCUAUGACGUGUCAAGGGUAGCAAUUUCGUUUAAUUGGGAGUCCGACGAAGAGAGGCGCAGAAAACGGGACUUUUUCUCUGCUUUUUCCCCUACUUAUUAUUGAGCAACACCGACAACUUUCUUUUGCUCUGCUUCUUCUUCUUCUUUCCUUUUUUCUCAUCUCAGCUUCCUCCCUUCUCACAUUUGGUUCAUCAGAUUGUCGAGAGAGGUGUCGAAGAACAUGCCUCAAGAAGUGGCGCCCGAUUCGAGCGCCGCUGCAGCUGCAAACUUGGGAAUACGAAACGAGUUCUUCCAGCAGUUUCUGGAAUCGUAAGUUUGCCAGAGCCCGCAUUUCCCGCCAGUUCCAGGCAAAAUGCGGCCUUUCCUGAACGUCGGGUCGCAUACAAAAAUAAAUAAAAGGUCCCCUUUUUUUUCAAAAUUUUUCAAAAUUCAAAAGACAAAACACAUAGAUGCGACUAGAUUCAAUAUUCGCUCAGACAAGAUUAGUUUUCAUUUCUCAAAAGGCAUUCAAAGAUUGAACCGGUAUUUAACAAUCCCAGCAUCAUCAUCGCGCGCCGGGGCGAAUAAAUCGGCGGAAAACGUUUUACAUUACUUGACGCAAAUGUCAACAUUUAUUUUUUCAGCACUGGCACUGGUCGUGGUGCGAUGAACGGUCACGAAGUCUCGGACGAUGGGUCCACGUCUCCGCAGCCAACACCUCCGGAGUACCCGAGCCCGCCGCCUCCGAGCAACUCGCCGCCCGAAUCUAUGACUUCGCUUCAGGCAGAAUCUCCGACUGGCGACGAGACCAUCUUGCCCGACACAGAGGGAACACCGCCGUCGGACACAGAGACAGAGAGCCGACCGCCGCCAACCGAAGGGACUUCAGCCGGAACUGCCAACCCGGAGAGCAAUGUUCACGUUUGGAUGGCCCAGCAUGGAUUCCACGCGGUGCCAUUCCAAGGUGCACUUCCGAAUGAGCCGCAUUCCAUUCUCUUCGUGCAUGUCAACGACGGACAGCAACUUCAACUCGAAGUCAAGAAUGAGGAGGAAGCCGUAGGUACUGAUUAUAUUUCAAUUUGCUAGAUUCCAAACAGUGUGCCACGUCAUCGUUUUUCUCUUUUCCGAUUCUCACUAUUUUUACUCUCCCUUUUGUGCACACUAUUUAAGGGGCGGGGAGAGUGGGUGUCUUGGCCCCGGCCCACAGGUUCUGAUGCUUAUUUCGACUCCACCCAUUCGCUCCGGCUGCCCUUCAUUUGCAGUCCGCCAAAAAGACGUUGUUUUUUAUGUCAGCGGUCGGGGAAGGCCAUUUCGCAGGCUGAUUCUUUUUUGGACCAUCUCCUCUUCGCUGCUUUUUUUUCACACAGACCUCCGUACAUCUCUCUUUUGCCAGUUUUUUAGUUGCUAAUUUCAUCCAACAGUACUUUUCUCCAAAUUCGUUUCGCUUGUGUAUUCUUUUGCACAUUUGGAAACGUUCGUAAUUUCUGAAAACGAAGCGAUGUGGAAACGAGAGUACAUCCGCGUUAACAGAAAAAGCUUCACAGCUGGGGCUCAUCUCUCUUUUGCAAAGAACAAACUCAUUAAGGUUAUUUAUGUCAGUUCAGAGAAGAAAACUCAUAAUUCAAUCGUUAGCUUUGAGAUGGACGGAUGGUCCCCACUGUUUACCGGGCUGUUCUGCCGACAAACGCAUUCAUAUUAAUGUUCUUUGCUCGAUUUUGUGUUUAUUUUAUGGAAUAUGAUCGAUAGGCGCUUGGCUCUAGGCACCUUAAUGAUCCGGUGUCAACAUAAUAAACUUUUGGUUCCCUUUCCCACUCAUUUCGCGGCGCCCUUUCGGACAAAAAAGACGUCGCCGCCCGUACGCCAAUCACUCAUUCUCUCCAGUCGGCUCCAGUUUAAUUUUGAAGCAAUUUGUCUCGCUUUUCUAUCCGGAAAAAGAGAAUUGCUGUGACGCGAGUCGUUCUGCAAAGGCCCCAAUGAGCGGAGCUGAUGCCACGUCAUAGAGGGAGAGGAUGGGAAUGGCUCAUAAAUCACUCAGCCGCCUUCUUUAUGUUUGCUUCUUUCUCACAAUUUAGCGUCAUUCUUUUUCCUUCGCUCUCAAGAAUCGGAGUUCUCAAUAAUAAUAGACGAACACUUGUCGAUUUGUUGACGUUUUUCUGAAAACGAAUCCCAUUCUGAUUGUGACAUAAACCCAACAAACCAUUCAUUAAAAUUUUUGACAGAUCUUCUAGGCCCUGGAACAGUACGCCUAAUCGGAGAAGCGGGAAUGACGAACCAACCGCUGCAACUGCAACUUCGUCUCAAUCAACAAUGCCAUCAGUUUGUUGACGAAGAGGUGAGUAAGGGGACCCGGAUGCAUGCCCCCGCUGUAGUUGCGCUUUGACACUAUUCGUUUUUCUAUAGGGUGUCCUCCGCCAUGUCGUUUUGUCACUCGCAGACGAUGGUAAUCAGAAUCCGCGGGAGCUAAAUGUAAUUGUCCCCUCUCAAUUGUUUCUUGGUUGCAACACUCUGUGCUCAUUUCAGGUUCCGCAGGUCAUCGGAGUGGAUCAGUUGAUGAACGCGCUUGGAGUGCAACCGCAUCGUGGAAACUCGAGAGGUGGAUACGGUCACCGAGGAGGAGGAGGCGGUAAUCGUGGAAACCGACACGGGUCAGGGAACGAUCAGACCACUCGUGGUGGACAUCAGAACAGAGGUCGUGGAAACUUCCGUGGCAAAUCUUCCGGAAGAGGACGCGACUACCAUCAGGCACAGGUCCCUCGCAUCAACAACUUUGCGAACCAUGUGCCGGAGGAAGCUCCCCAUCAGGUGGCUGAGUUCAACGGUAUUCAGCCAACGAUCGAUUACAACGCUCCUCCCCCAAUGGUCGACUACAGUAAUCCUCCACCAUCAAUGGCUGAGUACAAUCGGGUUCAGCCAGUGGUUGAAUACAAUGGUGUUGCUAACGGACCCGUCGGAUUCACGCAAGAGAUCAUCGAAGUCAUUCCACCAAACCAAAACCAGAACAUGGGACCAGGAGGACAGAUUUCACUUCUUGGAGAACCGACAGGACCACCGCUUAUGGAUAUGGCUCUGGCUAUGCCGAUGGUCUCGAUGAUGAACGCGCCGCCACCGGGUUUUCAGCCGAUUGCGCCGUCAGGAAUGCAACUUAUGCUUGGUGGCCCAAUUGAAAAUCAGGCGACCGACAUGUCUGUCAUGCCGACUAUGUUUAACGGACCAAUGAUGCCGCCGGGCAUGCUUCAAGAUCAAAUGAUGCCGGGCCCUUCAAUGGCAGUGACACAGCCGAUGUUUGGAAUGCCGCCGCCCGGACUCCUUCUUCUUCCACACAAUGGGCUGAACUUCCACAAUAACAACAAGUGGAUCGCCGAUUCAGCUGCAGAGGUAGUCAAAACAAUCCCAUUGUGUCUAUUUCUAAAACUUUUUGCAGGAAACUGAAGCAAUUCGGCAAAUUUUCAGUCUGAAACUGAAACCUCCGACUGUUGCGAACGUGCUCCCCACUGAAGCCGAGUUUUUGUGGGUUCCACUCAAAAUAUUCAAUGUAAGUACACUACCAAGCUUGCAACGCUCACAGCAAUCCAAUUACAGCACCAAUACCGCAAAAACGGUGCCCUGUACCCGUGCGUCGAUGAUAAGGAGAUCUCCUACUACGCCUUCGUGUUCAAUUCGGAGGGAAGAUGUAUCAUCACCGAAUUGAUGACCCCCAACAACACCGACCAAGCAAUGAAAGGCAGCAUCUUCAAAGCGCACAACCUGUAUCCGAACAGAAACUACCAGAUCAGAAUCAGCGCGUGCCUCGUCAGUCGCAACAUCCACGGAGAAAUGAGCAGUGUCGUCUCGUUCAGAACUGCACCAGGUCGUCCAGAUCCUCCAACUUCUGCUGACGUCAAGGUGCGGGGACCGAACUUUUUCGAGUUGUGCUGGAACGAAUCCUGCAACAAUGGUGCUUUCGUUAGUCUCUACAAUGUCUACAUCUACGAGAAUGAGUGCGGAAACGGCCGUAUGUUGCGUACAAAGGAGACGGAUGUUCGCGUUGAAGGCCUGAAGCCAGACACUUGCUACAAGAUCUCGAUCUGUGCGAUCAAUGCUCUCGGCGAGUCGCUGGUUGGCCAUCGUUUUGACGCUUGGACCGAUCCGGUCAGAGCUCCGUUGCCUCCGAGAAAUGUCUCUGCCAGCGCGAUUUCCCAUCGGUCCAUUGAAGUCAACUGGGACCUCAACCAAAAUUGCUACUACUCCAUCGAGAUGUACGAUAGCUUCAAGAAGACUUCAGCGAUUGUUCGCGAAGGAAUGGGAAGCAACACUGCUAUUCUCGGAGAACUGGCUUCGGACACGGAAUAUCGCAUUCGUAUCACGGCCAGAAACUCAAAAGGAGAGACUAAGUCUUCGUGGGUGUCGGCAAGAACUCAGCCUUAUCGCAAGCCUGAUUACCGUUAUCGAGAGGAUAGUUUCAACCGCCAACUUCGCCCGAACUGUGACCGCCCACCUUCGCCUCCAUCUUGUGAGCCUACUCACGGUGGACACCCGGAAUUCCGCUGGAAGGGUUUUGGACCAAACCAAGGAAGUCACAUCUAUGCGUUGGAAGGAUCCACGUACGAUGAACCCCAGAAUUUCCUUCUUCUCUAUCGUGGUUCGGCUACGUCGUUCGUCGUCACUGAUGAGUCCCUUCAUUAUCUUCGUUUGCACGUCAUCUAUAAGAAGGGGGUCAGUUAGCAGGCAGUUUUUAUGAUAAUUAUUGUUUUUGUUUUUCAGCAGCUGAGCCCAUAUUCGGAUCUUGCAAUCAUUCCUCGCGAGUACGGCAAAUAUCGACCGGAUUGCGUGCACAUGGUACGGAUAAGAAUGACCACUGAUGGAUGUCUCGCUGUCGAAUGGGAUAGUAUUAACACAGAGGUGAGCCAAUUUCAAGGCUUGAGCUUCAAAUAGUAGAGUUUUUGUUUCAGAAUGGCAGAUAUCCAGUCAAAGUCGUGGCUCGCUACCAGAUUCAACGUACUGACCUUUCGGAUACUCCCAUCAUCAGUGUUGAUGAGAAUACCUCGCAUGUGUUUGAUGAUAUUCCGGCUGACACAAUGAUCUCGGUGUCUGUGCGCUCAACGAUUUACUUCCACGGCUCUUUUCUCCCGGGAGACUGGUCGAUUCCAGUCAGCUUCAAGAUUCCCGGCAGCCUUCCGCCAGUUGUGACCAACAUCCUUUUCAAUCUGGAGACAUCUCUCCUGUCGUGGGAGUCUUUGGACCAAUCGGGCGUUCUUCCGUACACUGUGGGAGUUAUCAACCUGCAAACGGGAAAAAGCGUUCUGAGAAUCACAACUACCCGCAGAAACAUUAUUGUGGAUGCAGUUGAACCGGGAUGCUCUUAUCUGGCUACCGUCACCACUUUCACCAACUUUGGACGUUCCGCUCACGAUACCACACUGGAGUUCUGUAUUCCCGCAUUGGUGCCAACUACUCCGGUUGAGACUGUCGUUACUGAAAUCGGAAUGAACUGGUGCAUCCUCGAAUGGGAAGAAUCGCAGCCAAACGGAUCAGAAAUCACGGGAUACAUUGUCAAGAUGACUGAAGAAGGAAAGUACACCCGUAACAAAGAAGUUCCUGUCGGUUCUGCAUCUGGAUACAUGGUCAAGCUGAAGCCACUGGCUCCCAACACAAAAUAUCAGUUCCAAGUGGUGGCCAAAAGCAAAAUCGGAAAUAGUGAGCCGGCUAUUAUCAACAUCAGGACUCAUCCGCUUCCACCGGUCCCGCCAAAGUCAGUUUGAGAUGUCGAUGAUGAAUUACCUCUUUUUUAUUAUUUUUAGAAUGGAAUGUGAUCGCGAAUCAAGUGCUCUGAAACUCCGGUGGCAACGCAUCACUACUAGUGAGGACAUUGUCUACAAGUACGAAAGCUCAAAAUUCUCUCCUGAAACGCUAAUUUUUUUGUUUCCAGGGUCACUCGCCUCAACGAAAAUGGUCAACAGCAAUCGGUAUAUGAGGGUGAAAACAACACCUUCAAAGUGAAAGGAUUGACUGAGGACACCGAAUACAGUUUCCAAGUGAAAGUCACCGACAGAAACACUGGAUCGAGCGCCGUGUCCGAGUCCUACAUCUUCCGCACAACCAUUGCUCCUCCGCCGCCAAUGAAGCACGCGGUCGUCUCUUCUCUAGUUCCUGGAACGUCGUACACGUACCACGUUGAAUGGAGAAAUGCACUUCCGGCAAACUCGCCGUACAGACUGUUCUAUCGCCUGCAAGUAGCGGAUGCAACUGUCCCAGGUGCAAGAUGGACUAUGGUAAGUGGAGAGUACGGGUUGAUCAGUAAACUGAGGUCAUUUACAGGCCUAUGAAGGAACCGCGACUUCGUUCGAUCUGGACACGGAGCAAUUCUCGGGAGCCCUGCACAUCAGAGUGCUCUGUGUGCGUGUUCUUGAAGGAGAUGAAGAGUUGAAAGGAAGUCCGAGUCCGGUCGGAUACAUUGCCAACGAGCCACCAGCUCCUGAUCCGGACGCGGUAUUUGUUCAAUUUUCAAUUUCAACUAGAAUAAUUUCAUUUUCAGGCUCCGCAGAACAGCAGAAGACAAGAGCUUUUUGCUCUCUUCAGAGAGACAAUCCGUCCUUUCGGCUUUAUGGUACAGUGCUGGCCAUUAAUAUAUGAAAAAAUGGUUUUUUGAGGAUAACUUUUUUUCUAGUUAUCCGGGGACCCUGAAACUUAUACGGUAUACAAAAAAAGUACCGUUAGGCAAAGUUGCGGACUUUCAAACUGCAUCAUCAGUUAUUUUUUUCAGAAAAUGUUUUUUUCAUUUUUUUCGAUUUUUUUCGAUUUUUUUGACGUUUUUUUAUUUUUUUCGAUUUAUUUUUCUGUGAUAUCAUAUGACUCUAAAAUGAUUUGUAGACAUGGAAAAACCUUGUGGAAGACAAAAUGUGCCCGUAGAUGUUAAAAAAGCGAUCAUCCGAGGUCGCCAGCAGGGCAUGAAGUUGAAAGAUCUUGCUCAGCAGUUUCAGCUCGGUAUUUCCACUGCUUUCAGCAUUUUGAAAAGAUUCAAGACGCAGGUAAGGUUCAAAGUGUUUGUCAAACCCAAUAAAAUAUUUAGAAUACCUGCAUCGGUCCAAAGGCGCCAGGAAAACCUCGUGGAACCGCCAAGGCCAUGGAUCGGAACAUCCUGAGAGCGUCGAGAGAGGAUCCCAGAAGGACUUCAACGGAAAUCCAGAUGGUUGUGAAUUCUCCCACGGAUCCAGCACCUUCUAGAAGAACAGUCAGAAGACUUUUACAAGAUGCUGGGCUCCAUGGACGACGUCCAGCUCGCAAACCAGAAGAACCGGAAGGCUCGAGUUGCAUGGGCAAAAGCUCAUCUCACCUGGGGACCUCGCGAAUAGGAAAAACACAUCUGGUCCGAUGAAAGCAAGUUUAAUUUGUUUGGUAGUGAUGGAAAUUGCUGGAUUCGGCGUCCCGUUGGAACCAGAUAUUCUUCCAAGUACCAUCUUUCAACAGUCAAGCACGGAGGAGGAUCGUGUAUGGUAUGGGGAUGUUUCUCGGCCAACGCUAUGGGACCUCUGAGACGUAUCAACGGAAUAAACGUCUUCUGAUUGUUCUUCUAGAAGGUGCUGGAUCCGUGGGAGAAUUCACAACCAUCUGGAUUUCCGUUGAAGUCCUUCUGGGAUCCUCUCUCGACGCUCUCAGGAUGUUCCGAUCCAUAGCCUUGGUGGUUCCACGAGGUUUUCCUGGCGCCUUUGGACCGAUGCAGGUUUUCUAAAUGUUUUAUUGGGUUUGACAAACACUUUGAACCUUGCCUGCGUCUUGAAUCUUUUCAAAAUGCUGAAAGCCGUGGAAAUACCGAGCUGAAACUGCUGAGCAAGAUCUUUCAACUUCAUGCCUUGCUGGCGACCUCGGAUGAUCGCUUUUUUAACAUCUACGGGCACAUUUUGUCUUCCACGAGGUUUUCUCAUGUCUACAAAUCAUUUUAGAGUCAUAUGAUAUCACAGAAAAAAAAAUAAAUCGAAAAAAAUAAACAACGUCAAAAAUCGAAAAAUCGAAAAAAUGAAAAAAAAAUAAAUGAUGAUGCAGUUUGAAAGUCCGAAACUUUGCCUAACGGUACUUUUUGUAUACCGUAUAAGUUUCAGGGUCCCCGGAUAACUAGAAAAAAAGUUAUCCUCAAAAAACCAUUUUUUCAUAUAUUAAUGGCCAGCACUGUAAGUAUAACUCGUCGCCUGAUAUCAAAAUUCUAAAUUUCAGAUCGUAAUGAUUGCUGUUGUGCUGAGUCUCAUGUUCACUUCGGAAGUGCUGUUCCGCCGCAUCAGCGAGGUGGACAGCUCCGUCUCCAAUGUGAACAGUGUUCCGUCUUCAACUUCAUAUCUCCCACCCGGUGUUCCUCGCGGUCCCCCCAGUGGUCCAUAA